AUGUCCAGAGGCAGUCCUUCCCUCCCGUCCCCUCCCUCCCUCCCUCCCCUCCCCCACACUCACACGCAACACAACCGCUCAUACAUUCCUUCCCUCAUUCCACCCGGCGUGGACCCCGCAAAGGUAGACUCGAAGAUGUUCUACAGCUACAUCCCCAACGCCGUCAAGACCCGCAAGCGCACCUCCCAGCACCAGCUCUCCGUCCUCGAGGACGUCUUUCUCACAGACAAGAAGCCCAAUGGCCCCCGUCGUCGCAGCCUCGCGGACGAGCUCAGGAUGACCCCGAGGGAGGUCCAGGCGCUCGCCCCGCCCUCUCCUCCACCCUCCCCUUUCCCCUCCAGUGUUCCUCCCCCCUCCUCCUUCUGUUGCUCACUCCGUCCGUGUCGCUUGCCCCGCAGGUGUGGUUCCAGAACAGGUAAGGUCCAGGAGCAACAAACACCGUGA